AUGGAGUCCAAUCAGGAAGCAAAUGAAACACAACAAAAUCACGAACAAGCGACCGGUUCUUCGAAUCAGGAGGGCAAAUCACACGCAAAAAAUCUUCCGCGAAUAAGUAAAGAUAAUCUUUACAUGAUCAUCGCUCUGUGGAUGGAAGAUUUUGAAGAGAAAGCCCCAGAGCAUCACAAACAAGUUGGAGCAGUGCUCGUCUCCCCAAACGAUGUGAUUUUUGCCGCUGAUUGUUCACGAGAUGAUGUCCAUGCCGCCGCCAGACUGUUGAUCAAACACAGAGGCAAAACCGAGGGUUGUAAGAUGUUCAUGUCUCGAAAGCCAUGUCCGCACUGCGCGAGGCUUUUGGUUCAAUCCAAAGUGAAACGAGUUCUCUUCCUGCCGACCCGAGAACCAGAAUACUAUUUGGACAGCAAUGAAAAAAAGGAAAUAGAGUGCAACAAAGAGCAGAUGAGACAAGUGGAUACUUUGUUCACCGCAAGCUCCAUUGCUCAGACAAAGUUUGUCUUGCAAGUCGAGGAUCCCGUGAUCGCAGAAGCAAGAAAAUCCCUUAAAGGAAAUGAAGAAACUUGCACAAAGGAAUUAAUUGAGAAAUACAGCGCUUUUAAAGAUAAUUCUAAAUGGAUAAAACGUAUGAAAAAUGAUCUACCGUGGCCAGAACUCGACGACGAUAUGAUUAAAGAAAUUCAAGAAUACUUCAAAAAAGUCAAGGAGUGGAUAGCAGUAGUCCUGGUUCAGUCAGGUGAACGCGAACGGAAGCUCUACAACGCCAAAACUAACGGUCCUCCUGACCACACCAAGCAUGACCAACGUUUCAUGGAAAUUGCAAGAUUCCUCGCCCAACGUACGGAUGACCCAGAACGUGGUGUUGGUGCGGUGAUUGUCAGUCAAGAAAAUGAAAUUCUCUCGUUUGGUUGGAAUGGUUUUCCUUUCAAAGCACACUACGGAGAGUUUCCAAGAGCUUCCAGCAAAGUUAAAGAUACACGUAAAGAGAAUCCGCCCGAGCAAGAUACACCUGAUAAGAGUCCGCCCGAGAAAGAUACACCUGAUAAGAAUCCGCCCGAGAAAGAUACAUCUAAUAAGAAUCCGCCCGAGCAAGAUACAUCUAAUAGGAAGUAUCCGUAUAUCAUUCACGCCGAGCAAAAUGCACUCUUGAUGCUGAAUACAAAGAAUUUGAAAGAUGCAGUAUUGUAUGUGACAAAAUCUCCGUGUGACGAAUGCGCUCCCUUGAUUGCAAUGGAAGGAAUUAAAAAAAUGUUCGUUGAUGGUAAAGUCGAGCGUAAAGAACGACGACUAGAGCGGCAUGAGUUGGGUCAUAAGUUGGGCUACAACUGGUUUAUCGAUAAGGUCGAUGACGACACAUUCACUUGUUUCAAAAACAUGCAGUAA